AUGAACCGCCACAGAGCAAGACUCUUCCAGAGUUGGCAGCUGGCAGUUUUACUGGCCCUUUUUGGUCGAGUUUGUAUACAAGUUGUGAGCAGCCAACGAGUCAAAAAUGGUUGCUUUGAUGACAACCCACAAGCCUUUGAAUGUGUCAGUUAUGGGAUGGAAUCUGUGCCCGAAUUUUUGAUCUCAGUUGAUAUGACAGAAGCCGAGGAAGGGUGCCUUCAUUUGGCCUUGAAUGUAUUCAAAAGCAGGGAGAUCUACAUUGACCACACAAAGCACAAAAACUAUCUCAACAAUAUUACUGCCAAGGAUCCUUAUUGUGGACUGAUUCAGCGAGCUUACAGGCAUUGCACCUUCUGUGUAGAGGAUGCAGAGCUCACCCUGUACAUUCAGAAUUUCUGUUACAAUGCAGCAUCCAACCAUCCGUGUGGCCUACCCUAUCAGAAGACUCGUGAAGAACUCCUGAAUGAUUCCGAUGAUCUAGUUGCUGGGGUUUUCCGAACCGAAGCUGAUAUCGAUGAUACUUGUCAAGCCAUCACAACCCACCUAAGCGAUUCAGGGCAUGGGAACUUGAUCACGGUCGGCAUGCUGUGGUCACCUCUAUCCGUGGUUUUUUGCUGGAGACUUUUCAUGGCAGCACAUCUCUGCCCUGGGAAUUGCCCAGGUGGGUGUUUCACCGAGGAACAUCCACCAACUUGUGAUGCGGAGUAUGAUGAAGCUGAGACCAAUGAAAUACUGUUGUCCAUCCAAAAUCAAUCGAAUGCUUCCCUCGAUUUAUCUUCAACAGUCAUCGAAAGAGAACAGAACAGAACUGUCGACCAUGUUUGUGAGGACAUCCGAGCUUGGACGUUCACCGGAUGGAGUGUCUACAGAAUUCUAAAUAAUUCUGAGCACCUGGGAAUUCUGAAUGCCAUAGAUGGACCAUCACCAUUUUGUGACGAGGCAAGGCUUGCAUAUCCGCAUUGCAUUUGGUGCAAGUUGGAUGAUCUGUGCUUUGGAGAGGAUGACCCAAUAUUAUCGUGCGAACUUUCUCCCUCGAGUGUCUCAAGCCCUUUCCAAGACAAAGAUUUGCAUCCAAACCUUUGUACAGACAUGACACAGAGUAUAUUUCAACGUGACAAUGCUGAUGACAAUGAUGAUGACAAAAAUGAAAUCUGGGAAACCUACACGUUGGCUAUUAAGAAUGGGUCCAGGUUUUGUCAACAAGCUAGGCGGGCAUUCCCUUCUUGUUACUGGUGUGCACCUCAUGACCUGGGUAAAGAUCUCAGUGAACUAUGCUUUUCUGAUGGAAAUUUUUGUGGGUUAAGAGAUCAAAUUGAUAUCCCUGACGAGUUCCUGUCUGAUCUCGCCAUGGACCCUUCCCUCAGUCCUGUUGUGUACGGGCUGAUGACUGCAGAAAAUACAUCCAAUUACUGUGAAAGAUUCAAUUCCAUCUUCAUUCGUUGGCAGGAAUUCCACAGUCCUGAUAACUACGCAUAUUGGGGAUGCUUGCAGAAGAUACUGCUUGCAAAACAUUGUCCAGAGCAAAUCUGCCCAGAACCUCCCACUGAUCCAUACUCCAUCAAAUACCUGGGGGCUGGGACAACAGCCGAAAAGAGGGCCCUCAUCUGGGCAUCAAGAAUUGCAGCUUGCUUCUCACUGUGCGGUGCAAUCUAUGUGUUGUAUGACAGCUUGUCCGAUCCGCGAGCUCGAAAGACUGUGUAUCACCAAUUACUUGCUGGAAUGAGCAGCUUUGAUUUGAUGACAGCAAUAUCUUGGGCAUUUGCGACGGCCCCUAUCAAUGAUAAUCGUAUAGAGGGUGCAAUUGGAAAUGAUGCAACCUGCACAGCCCAAGGAUUCUUCAUCCAGCUGGGAUUUACGAGCAUCUUCUAUGCCAUGUCUCUUGCUUUCUACUAUUUUUUGGUAAUUGCCUGUGGGUGGAAGGAGUUUCAGUUACAGAGGAUUCUCCUGUUUCUGCAUGGGGUUCCUCUUCUUGUGGGGUUUACACUUGCCUUUGCUGCUAUCCCUGAGUAUGACCUGAUUGUUUAUGUUUGUCAUCUGACGCCUCACUCCGAUGGAGAAGGAAAGCUGUGGGCAGCUCUUGUGUUUAUGAUGAUUCCACUGUCAAUUGCAAUAGUGUCGAUCACGGCAUGCAUGAUACUGGUUUACAACAGUGUCAGGAGGCGUGCAGGGGCUUCCAGAAAGUAUUCAUUUGGGAUUGGAAAUGCCAGCAAAUUGCAACAAGCAGUGUUCUGGCAGGCCUUGUUUUAUGUGGGAGCAUUCUAUGUCACAUGGCCAACCAUGUUCAGUGUCUACCUUGCUUCAGUUGAAGAAAAUGGUCCUCUGCGAGCGUCACUGUUGAUUGCAUUCCUAGCCCCGCUCCAAGGUGCACUGAAUGCUUUGGUGUAUGCCCGCCCAAAAAUACUACAGUACUACGAUGAGAGAACAAAGAAGAGAGCACAGCGGCACCAACAGCAACUGCAACAGCAGCAACAACAACCCCAGCCACAGACGAUUGCGUCUAAGUUCCUGUCAGUUGUCAUUUAUGCCUCGCCUUUUACUCUGAACAGCACCCGGGGAGAUGACGACAAUGCCAACAGCGAUACUGCAGCCCCUUCUAGGCAACGCAUGCGAAGCGUUGAUCCUUCCGUUGCUGUGGCUUCGGAGCGAGAUGUAGAUUCUGUGAUGGAGGACUACUUGGCACACACAGAGCAAAAGGUAUCAGCUCCACGAAUGGAAUCAAUAGCCGAGUCAUUGGCUGGUGAAGACGAACAAGGAUUGACACUGGUGUUGUCGCCAAACUCAGAGGUGGAACCAGAAGCUGCUAUUCAUAAUGGAAGCAACGAUUGUUUCCACCUUGAAAAACCUUUCCAACGUGAUGUUCCUGCAUCAAGCAAGGAUGCGCAAAGACCUCCAUGCGAACGGAACAGCACAUGUGUUGAUGAAAACGAGGGACAAACCCAAAGAACCGACGGUGAAAACUGA